AACCUCAUCAAGAACGUUUACAGAAGCUCUCACAUCCCUUGAUCAAGCCAGGUUCUCUACCCAUUCUUAACAAUCUUCAAAAUGAUCAUUCCUUAUGCUCUUUUGGUUCCCUUGUUGCUCCUGAAUUCAGUCUUUGCUAGCCAUUGGGCUUGUUACAGACGACGGAACGUAGGAUUUGGUUGGGAUAUCGAUGCUGUCCUCGCAGAUCCAAAUGGCAUUAUCAUUGCACAGACCGGUUGGCACAAUGACUUUUCGGACGUUUACACAAAAAAGAACAGCAGAGGAAGGAUGGAUAUUAAAAGCGGAUUUAAAAGCUGGUCUUGUGCUACUGAUGGUGUAGAUCAUGGAACCUUCGCCCCUAAUGAAGUGAAAACACUUAAUGGCAAAGAUGACAAAGUUGCUUUUGGAUGUUACGACUUGGGGGGAACAGAAUACUGCAAGCAAUAUGAUUACAUCAAAAAGAUGUGCUAUGGAUGGCUAGACCAGGUUAGGGAUGGCAAGUUGAAUGUCUAG